AUGGUUAAUUGUACCAUGAAUAUCUCGUUUUCGCUUAACGACGGCUAUCAAUCUGAUGAUGAGUAUGAUGACGGGGAUUACAAGCAUUCAACAUUUCAAACGGAUCAUCAUCCAAUGGACGGAGCAGCCACAGUCACCGCUUUAUUGGAUCAUUUGACGAGAAAUUAUGAUAAAAGAGUUCGGCCGCUUGAGGGAACGAAUUCGCCGGUGAUGGUGCAUAUGACGAUUGUCCUCGGGAUUCUCACCGAAUUGAGAGAAAACCAGCAGAUUGCAUCUCUUGUGAUGUCACAUGUACAGAAGUGGCGAGAACCAAAGUUAUCCUGGCAUCCAGAAGACUUCAACAAUCUCACUCAAGUCGUCAUCCCGCAGAAUCUCGUCUGGGUACCGAAAAUCUUCAUCUAUAACAGUAUGGAGACGAAAGAGAUGUUGUCUGAGAAUCGCUUUGAUGUGCGAUUGCAAAGCGAUGGUGAAGUGAAAAUCAAUAUGCCCGUUUUCACCUCGGUGCUUUGUCGAUUGAACAUCGAAUUAUUUCCUUUCGAUACACAAUUUUGUGCCGUUGCCUUGGCGUCUCCACUCUUGAAUGUCCAAGAAAUGGAUGUAAACGCCACACAACCACCAAAUGAUGCCUACUUUGCGGGUAACGCUGAAUGGGAAGUGAUAAAUGUGACUGUUCGACAGAUGAGAUUUAUGGAGUAUGGAGAGUAUCGUGUUGAGGUUCAUUACAUUCUUCACCUCAAUCGUCGACCGAUCUACUAUGUGACAGUGAUCGUUGUGCCCACAUUUCUCAUCUCAGCGCUCUCAAUUUUGGGAAUUUUCUCUCCCGGAUCAAAUGAUGGACCAAGGAAUGAAAAGGUUUCCCUUGGGCUUGGCUCACUCUUGGCGAUGACUGUACUUCUAGAUAUCGUUGCCGGUGCAAUGCCCAAAUCGAACUCAAUCCCCCUUCUCGGUUUCUAUAUUAUUGUUGUGAUUAUGUUGUGCGCAGUCGGUGUCGCGAUAUCAAUGGCUCUUCUUGGGCUUUCAAGGUCGUACAUCCAGACCGAGCAAAUGCCCUCGAAUGCCGCCUAUCGUUUACUGAUCAUGUCACCGAUGAAAAAAGUCGACAGUAUAACUGUGAACAACUAUGCGCCCAUUGAAAUGAUCAAGAAUGCCGCAGAAAGCGUUGUAAAAACGUCAACAGCGCAAUUGUUGCGACCGAAAUUCCCGGAUCUGGCCGCAAUUUACAUUCAAUUGACGGAAGUGGCACGAGCACAGAAAACUUAUCGAGAGCGGAUAGAAAGAGCCGCCUGGAAUGGAAGGGUAGAAAAGGAAUGGAAUCGAAUCUUUGCCCGUGUCGAUCACGUCUUCCUUUUCCUCUUCGAAUCGCUCAAUCUUCUCAUUUUGCUUCUCUUCCUUCGAUACGCCUUCUUGCCCGUUCCCGAUUUGCCCGAUGAUUUUACUGUG